AUGCCCAUCACGUCUAUUGACGCGUCUGACGUGAAUAAGCUCACGUCUGGCCAAGUGAUAAUAGAACUUCAGUCUGUUGUCAAGGAGCUAAUAGACAAUUCCUUAGAUGCUGGGAGUCAACUGAUUGAGGUUGUGUUUAACAAUUACGGCAUUAAGGGCAUCGAUGUUACAGAUACUGGUAGGGGAAUUGAGAAGGCUGAUUUCGGGGCUCUUUGUUUGAAGCAUCAUACAUCAAAAUUGUCAAGUUUCGAAGAACUUGAGUCUGUAUCUACUUUGGGCUUCAGGGGUGAGGCAUUAGCUUCCUUGUGUGCUGUUGCCAAAGUGAAAAUCACCACAUGCACCGACUCCACAUAUCCUAAAGCAUCACAGCUAGACUAUGAUAGCAUGGGCCGAUUGACUUCCGAGAAGACGCUAGUAACAGGUAAGAAGGGAACAGCUGUAUCAGUUCAGGACCUAUUUCAUGGCUUGCCAGUGAGGCAAAAAUACUUUGCUAAGAACGCCAAAAGAGAAUACUCGAAGGCAUUGUCACUAUUGGUUGGGUAUCUUCUAGUCUAUACAAAUGUUCGUUUUGCAAUCUACCAAAUAAGUGGUAACACGGGAAAGAAGUCAAUGGUCAUGGGUACCCAGGGACAAGGUGCCUCCAUAUUCGAUACACUUGUAAGCGUAUAUGGCAGCAACGGUGCACAUGGCUUGGUACCCAUAGACAUUGCCACCGAUAAUAUCGAAGCAAGAUUUAAACUUGGCAUGAAAAGUGUACCUGUGGCGCUAAAAUUUCGUAUCAAUGGUUUGAUUCUGGACUAUUCAUUUGGAAUGGGUAGGGGAGCACUGGAUAGACAAUUCUUGUACGUCAACAAGAGACCUAUUAUACAUAAAAGGUUUGCUAAAAUUAUUAACGAGGUCUACAAAGCUUUCAAUCAUACACAGCUGGCUGUGUUUGUGCUUAACAUAGAGAUUGACCAGACUUUUGUUGAUGUCAACGUGACUCCAGAUAAGAGAAGCGUCAUGGUGCAAAAUGAAGAUCUCUUGGGUGAAGUUCUCCGGGAAGAGAUUACAAAGUUUUACGAUAGUAUGCAUAACGUUGUUCCCAAGAGUGAUCUCGGUGUUGUGAGAUUAGGUUCGAGUCAAAGCUUGGACUCCUUUCAGAAACGAAAAGCGUCGAAUGAAUCUGCUUCUGAUCUCACAGGAAAGAGGCGUCAAAGUUCACAAGUGUCGAAAAUAUCUUUAACGGAGGCUUUCCUGAGUGGUGGCACGGAAAAAGAUCCUCAGGAGAGCAAUGAUAAGCAGCGACGGGAUCUCGAGACGGUCAUGUCGGAAAGUGAUGGUGCCGAAGAAGAGGAAGAAUUUACAAAUAUCUCACAGAAUGUCAGCAAAAUGACCCCAGAGGAGUCUUUUGAAGAUCUGGAACGCAUGCAUAUUGAUGACGAGACGGAACAUGGCGAAGACAAAGACGAGGAAGAGAACGAAGAAAACGAAGAAGAAGAACAACAAGACCAAGAGGAAGAGAGAAUUGUCGGAGAAGAGGAAGAGGAUGAAGAAGAGGUGACCGAAAGCAUGGGGUUCGAAGUUGAGGACCCAGUCGACAUAGAAAGACUUGAAGGGGAAACACUUGAUGAGCAAAGCGAGAAUACUAAUCCAUCCCAGGAUAAUAUCCCGAUUGAGCCGCUUUCAGUGCAGCCAAACAAUGACUUUGGCGAUGAAAGUGAUAUCGAUCAGUCGGAUGACGCUGCCGAUAACAGCUUCCUAUUAACGGAGGAGGCACAGCUCUUUGUUCAACAAGAUGAAACCAUUGACGACGGCGAUACGGAGACAGCUAAUGUUACUGAAGUUGACGAUACUUUAUUGAAACCACACUCUCACGGUCAUAAGGGCGGUCAUGGAUGUUGCCAUUCGUCACACGAUGAGACAUUUGAAUUAGAUGAAGGCGAUCAAACGCUGGUGGCACCGAUCGGAUCGGCUUUAGGACCAGCAGACCGACAGCUUACAAAGCCGGUUUCGAAAUCAAGUGCCAUAGAGCCCGUGGCAGGUAUUAAUAGAAUACUUAAGCUAGCAGACUAUGAUUUUGAAAACGAGCUUAUUCCCGCUGCUUACCCCAUCAAAACGGAGAAAACUCAACAAGACAAAGCCACCUUGGUGAAUGUGCAUGAUGUGAGGGAAAAGCUUAUUAUCCAGAAACUGGAUUUCCCCAGUAUGGAAGUGGUUGGGCAAUUUAACCUCGGGUUUAUCGUGGUAAGACACGAUGACAGGCUCUUCAUAGUUGAUCAGCAUGCUUCGGAUGAGAUUUUCAACUACGAGAGACUCCACCGACUGCUUCUGCUUCGUGCUCAACCGUUGGUGAUACCACGAGUGUUAGAACUCUCGCCAAUCGACGAAAUGUUAGUUCUUGAUCAGCAGGACCAAUUGCGCAAGAAUGGGUUCGUGAUCCGAGAAGCCGAGGAGCCACAACCGGGUAAAAGAGUGGAGCUUAUUGCGCUUCCUGUGCUGAAAAACGUCGUUUUUGACGAUAGCGAUCUACACGAGUUGGUGCAGCGUCUCCACGAGGCUGGACCAGCGCAGGGUUCUAUUGUUCGGUGCAAGAAGGUGGAUCUGAUGAUCGCUCUGCGGGCUUGCCGACUGAGCAUUAUGGUAGGGCAAACGCUCAACCGAGGCACCAUGAGUACUGUUGUAGGGCAUUUGGCUGAGCUCGACAGACCAUGGAACUGCCCUCAUGGGAGGCCCACGAUGAGGCACUUGGCAGAUCUCGAAGGCCAAGGGUUUACCGACGACUACAACUGUGCCAACUGUGUGAAGAGACAAUACAGAUGUGGAUAUCUCGACUUUCCCCCAGACAGACUCGAACACAUCAAAAAGAAGAAUGAACAGAAACGACUGCUGCAUAUGCAUGUUGUUCCAGAGAAAGUCUCUUCUCCUGAUACAAAGACAGAAAGGCAGUCUUCGUCUAAGAGUCUGCUGUCUUCGACGCAAGAGACCACGCUACGACAAAGAAAAACAAAUAACGGCACCAAGCAGAAACCUCAGUCGGUCUUCACCAACCGUUCAGAGAACUUCAGGUCUCAGGUUUACUCGACUGUCUUUAGUGAACUUAACAAUCAUGAUAUCAGUGUUAUCCGUGACAUGCAAAGUGCAGAGUUGAAACCGUGGCAGGACUUGCUGAAUAUGCUUGAAACAUCGGUGACUGACGAUGUUCCUGAUAUAACACCGGAUAACGUUUUCUGGCCAACGAAUUUCGAGCUUCCAAGUGAUUCCAGCUUCCCAGAGCCGCACUUUGAUAUGAAAACAGAAUCCCCAGAUUUUGAUACCGCCUCACGGAUCAAUGAUAACAAUCUACCGGGAGCGGCGACUCCUAACUUUAAUGCCUCGAGAAGCCAGUCUCCAAACGUCCAUGAUGAGUUCAGAAGUGGUCACCACAGACCCAGACGUUCUCAGGUUAGGCGCGUCGGUUCACCUUUGCCCAAUGCUAUCCAUAGGAAGACCAAGUUUACACGUUUCAUUCUUCCUCCUCAGUUAGAGAAUCACUUCCUUCAAGAUGUUUUACAAGUUAUAGGCGAUGGCCCUGUCGAUCUUCGCAAUGUAACGUACAACAGAUUCACGACGAUUAUCCAGCCGGUCUGGACAGACGAAGCAAUACGGACAUUUUGGCUUGCUAUUUUUCACCAAGCCACUAUGCUCAAUUUGUAUUUUAUUUAUUUCAUCGAUAAGGCCGUCAAUAUUUCUAAAAGAACGGCCCAGAUCGUUGUGAAUCGUGAGUUUGAGAAUUUCAGCAAUCAGUCUUCUGCAAGUCUGACUUCCAAUAAUUCUUCGCCUUUGAGCAACCAAAGUCUAAGUCCGAACAGUACUAGUCAAAGAUUCUCCGAUUUCUUUUACAAUCCAGAUGACUUGAAGAGGCUAAACCGGUUGCUGUACGUUACUUACGGAAGAAUGCUUCGUGCUUUGCGCCAAUCUGUUUUUAAUUAUCAUCAGGAAUAUCCAAUCAAGAUGUCUAUGUUUUCAGCAUGGGCAUGUUUUUGGAAUACUUCAUCGGAUAUUUCAACGCUAUGCAUGAUGUUCAUCGGAGCGCUCUCAUUAGCUACCAAGAUUCUUUCUGAAGCUCAGUCAAUCAAUGAUGUAACUAUUGCUAUCCGACAAGAAAUCAUGAUUCUUAACAUUCAUUCCACGGCAUCGAUUUUCCCAGAUUUCCUGAUGAACGCGAUUGGCGAGCUUUCUAACUCAUUCCAUGGUUAUAAAAGGAUUCUUAGCGACAUUUUCUAUAACCAUGAAAAUGGGCUUGUCAAUUAUGAUCGUUCGACAGUAUCGGCUUUGCAAAACCCUAUUCUCAAGCAUAGCAUCCAUGAAAUGGGUGCAUUCUUAAAGAAACUUCAAUUCGAGUACAUCCCUCAAAUGCGGACAAUUGAUAGCCAUUUCAAGAACUUACAUGGCUUUGAUCCUAGUAUCACGGACUUUAAAUUUGUUUCUCCAACCCUAAUCUACAAUUUGACAUACGAUUGGUUCCGUAUCUUCAGAGGUGACAAAUUCUCGAUGGGGUCCAAAACAAGCAUUGUGCACAGAAUCCUUUCCCUAUAUUUCCAUGCUUUAGGCAGAUGUUUGGGACAAUGCAUCACGCCUAUACGAUGUGUUAUGCUAUUGGACCCUUGUACUGUGAUUGCUCCCAAGAUCGGAUUUGAAAUGCCUCAGCCUUACUACGAAAACAUUGCUGAGUUUGACACUCUUUACCACAUUGACCUGGGACUCGUACGGAUGAUCAAAUAUUUCGAAUACCGCCAGGCUUUCUUAGGUUACCAUAUGGCACAAAGGUUAGUAUCCGACUACAUUCAGUACGAGGCGAACCCUGCACCAGCAGAAAUUGAAUACAAAGACAUUGUUGGGCUCGGACUCGACAAGCUACGUGUCGGCGAAGUGCAACCUAACAGUCUUACCAGCGGCACGUUUGAUGUUCACAGUUUUCCAAUGUUCGAUGACAUGUCGCAAGAUCCACAGUGCUGUCAUAUGCUAAGGCGAGAGCUUGACCGGCAGGCAAUUGCAAUCAGAAAUGAGCCCUGGACGUUUGAUUACAGUAAAGGGCUUCUGAACCACGAUUUCCAGCCCGAGGAACUUUUGCAGGCGUACAUAAGGAAACGGCAGCAGCUGAUGACGGAGAUAUCCCCAGGGCUCGAGGAGUUGCGGGUGUUUGGUGAGCUUUUUUCAAAGAGCGGUAAUGAACUUAUCAAUGCGAUCAACAGAAACAAGACCUUUGCAUGA